CCGCCGCCGCCGCCGGCACCGCCGACCCCGAGGGCUCCACGCCGACGCCCUUCUCGACGGCUCCACCUCGUCUUCUCCAACUGCCGAAUCCGCCCCCUCGACACCCUCUUACCGAGCUUAUUCGAUCCGAGCUCGAGUCCAGUGAAAGCUAGCUCGAAUUCCAGCCUAGGCUCGCUCGAGCUCUCGCCGAUGUCCACCGCGCCGUUCGUCUCCCCAUCCAUAUCCGGCGUAUCCUCCGCGCGGGCCUCUCCAGUCCCCAAAUCCUCGGCGAGGUCCGGGACUGCUGGGGUCGCCUUCCCCAGGGCUCGGCCGUACACCCCAUCGCUUCGCCUGAGCUCGCCUGUCAUGUCUGCCACCGGCGUCGGCGGUAACGGCUCCCCGGCGGCUCCCGAGAACUCCACAGUGUCGCCUAGGCUCGGAGAGGUCAAGAGGGUAACCAAGGAGACAAACGUGCAUGUGAAGAUUAACCUGGAUGGCACUGGUGUUGCCAACUCCAGCUCGGGGAUACCGUUCUUGGAUCACAUGCUUGAUCAACUGGCAUCCCAUGGACUGUUUGACGUAUAUGUGAAGGCUACGGGUGACACACACAUUGAUGAUCAUCACUCGAAUGAGGAUAUUGCUUUGGCAAUUGGAACGGCGUUACUUCAAGCACUUGGAGAUCGAAAGGGAAUUAACCGGUUUGGGCAUUUCACAGCACCACUUGAUGAGGCAGCAGUUGAGGUUAUACUGGAUCUAUCUGGUCGACCUCAUUUGAGCUGUGGCUUAAGUAUUCCUACUGAGCGAGUUGGCUCAUAUGAUACACAGCUAGUUGAGCACUUUUUCCAGUCCAUUGUGAAUACAUCUGGGAUGACGCUUCACAUCCGCCAGCUUGCGGGGAACAACUCACACCAUAUUAUCGAGGCAACUUUCAAAGCGUUUGCCAGGGCCCUUCGACAAGCAACAGAAUAUGACUUACGGCGACAUGGCACUAUCCCUAGCUCAAAAGGUGUUCUGUCAAGGUCAUAAUGUUGCAAGAUCAAAAAAAGGGCUGCACUCUGUUCUCCGCCUGAAGCCUGGAGCGAUUCAGAGGAAACAGAUGGACGGUGGCCGGCUAUAU